CAGCUGCAAUAUUUUGAAAGACAGUCCUUUAGGAUUUUGUUUGUCGCUUUCAUCUUUUUUUUUCAAAUGCGCUGAACUCUUGGUGAAACUGAAGAAGAACAAAAUUUGACUUGAGGACCAACAAUUUUCAUCUAACGGUCUUAUUUUAAUUUUGCCUGUCAGCUUGCAAUGUUGUAAAGAAAAACGUAUGCAUUUCAGUUUUGGAUACAGUACCAACCAGUUCUGAAGGCAGCGUGUUAGAGCACAGAGGAGACUUGCUCAGCAAAGUGAACACUAUCACUGUACUGAUCAGAAGCGGAUAUCUUGGAUUUGGUUAACUAUGUCAGCGCUAUAUUCUAGGAGUAAGGACCUGACGAGAAGCAGAAAAACACAGCCAGAGACACCACCUUGCUCACCUUCACCCACCAGCAAGACAUUUCGACCUGACCGUCUCAGCAGGUUGGAUUCUGGAUCAUCAAAUAUCUCGACAGACAUUUGCAGUGAUCGUUUGUUGAGUCGAACAAGUUCCUACACGCGCAGGGAGAAUCGAUUGGCAUCCCUAACUAAACCAGAGCAAGACAAUGCUAUAAAGGAUUAUAAGAAGUUGUAUGAAGAGGCCUCGACAGAAAAUGAUAAACUUAAAGCCAAACUGCAAGUGGCACAACUUGAACUUGCUGACGUGAAAGCCCAGCUGGAGAAAACGACUCAGAAACAGGAACGGAUUUCUGAUAAGUCUUCGAUGCUGGAGAUGGAGAGAAGGGAAAAACGUGCUUUGGAGAGGAAAGUUUCUGAAAUGGAGGAAGAGCUAAAGGUUUUGACAGACUUAAAAUCCGACAACCAAAGGCUGAAAGAUGAGAAUGGAGCCCUAAUCCGUGUUAUAAGUAAAUUGUCAAAAUGAAGCAUGUCCUUCUAAGCAAGAGGCAAGGAAAGUAAAACCAACAAUGAGCCUACUUGUUCUACAAAAGAGCCAUCACAAUAGUUUCCUCCAGAAUGGGAAGAGCUUAACUGUUCAAGGCUUUCUCCAACCAUUUGAUGUCUGAAGGUUCAUUCAGGUUAUGAUUCAACUCUGCAAUUACAAGGUCUUCAGUGAUCCAUUUAGGGAGAGAAAUGCUAACUUUUGAAAGAAAAAAAUCACCACAAGUCCAUAGUUGUUAAGAGAACACUUGCAGCUUUUCACAAUUGAGCCACGUCCUGUAGUGUUUCAGAAUGAUUAUGAGAAUUGCCUAUCACUAUCAAGCCUGGUCAAUCACAUUAACAGCGCCCCACAAUUAGUCGGCUGUGUGUUGGCAAAUAUUUCUGUUAUGCAGUAUUCACUUUUCACAGCAAUUAAAAUCACUGCAGAACAAGGCUUGUUCCUUUUAAAGUUUUAAAAAAACCCCAUCAGCUAGACUGUAUGGUGCAGAAAGUAUUAACCCUAUGUGCAAUAUGCUGUUUUAUUAUUUUAACAAGAUGCUCGUGUACAAUUCAGCUGCCUCCUUUCACUUUAUUUUGUUUACCUUUUUUGUCAGCGUGAAUACCCUUUUUUAGUUUUGUAUUCAAAUCUUUAAGAUGGUCGUUAGUCUUUGGUUGUCUCUUGCUGAAGUAAAAUAUGUGAAGCGAUGUUGGAUGGCUACCAGUCUUUGCCUAUUUUUGCCCAGCUAACCCCUCUUAGAUCAAUGUUUAUUCCAUCAAAUGAUGAAAAAAAUAUUGGAUUCAGAUUACGGUUGCUUACUGGGACGACCUCAUAGAUGCAUUAAAACGUGCUUGCUGGUUUUGCAAUUUUCUUUUGACACUUGACACUUUCUUGUGCUUCAUCUCAUGUCACACAAAGCUAGUGUUAGGUCAGACUUUGAGAAUUAUUUUGCUCUUGCCUAUACACUCGGAAUAUUACAACUUUAUAGGCUCAAAUGUUUUUUUUAUCAUUUCAUUGCAUGCCGAGCAAUAUACUAUCUCCAAUGUACUACUGCUACAGAAGUGUAAAGCAAAAUGGUACUUUUCUAAAGACCACCUCCUUAAAUAAUGGAGUUCAGGGAAAGGAUCCAUUCAAAAACCCAUGGUAUAGUCCUUAAACUGAUGGAAUUCACAAACAAAUCUAGUAUUUGUAGAGUGCUUUUCCAUGGCUAAAAUGUCUAGUUUUAGACAAUGCCACUAGGGUACUGAAAUCUGUGUGUGUGUGCGUGCGUGUGUAUAUAUACAUUCUCAAUGGUACCAAAAAGGCCGUCAGUUUUGUGUUUUUGUUUACCUUAAUCAAGCCUACAGGUUACUAAAAAUGCAUCGGGUGGUUUUUAUUUUUUAAAUCCUGUGUAAAAUGGACCUUGCAGUAAUAUGGCUGCUGAAUAGAAUGCAAAAGGAUUAAAUUAUUAACAGUCCUUUCUACUGCAUUGAGAUUAUGUGCAUAAGAGAUCUUUACAGGAGGGUUCAUCCUGCUGGGAUUUUACAAUAUGCAGCUGUUGGUGGCCUUUUAAACUAUGAAUAUAUUAUUAGAUAUCAUUUAGUGUUAUAAUUUGAACAUUUUUGUCACAUGUUGGGGAAUGCACAUGUGGGGAAAUGUGCACAUUAUUUAAAGCUUGUAAACACAUCUGUAUUUUAUGGUUAAAUAGACCACUGAGUUCAGGUUUGAAAUUACAUUGUACAGCUAUUGUAUGUAAAUGAAAAGAACUAAACACAUUGUCACCUUUGCAGAUGCUUCUAUUAAAUGUGAGUCUCUUACUGCUCUGAUAAUACAAUAAGUGUAUUAAAUUCUUGUGAUGCUUUUGGUUCUAAGGUUGGAAGUACUGUAUUAUACAUAAUGUGCAGCUUGCGUAAGAUCAAGUUUUAUGCAGAUACAAGGUCAUUCUUCUGAUGUGCUUAUUAUUAGAAUCACCUUUUAGAUUUACAAUUGCCUAAAGUAAAAUAAACUCUGGUCUGCUGUGAGGUAUUGAAAUUCACUGUGCACCAUACAGUACAAUAAAAGGGUUGACUAUAUCAACCAAUGGACCAGGAUUUUACCUCCAGUUAUAUUUGCUGGUCAUGGUUGAUACCUAGCACCAAAAGUGCUUUUGUGCUUACAAGAGGGAUAAUAUUUAAUGUGCACAAGUGUCAUGACUGGGUGAUGCGAAUGGUGAGAGGGUUUGAAAAAUGGCUGAUUUAAUUAAUUAAAACCUUUUUUAAAUCAAAUUGAGGGACAAAUUGCAUUGAAGGACUGAUCUUUUAAGUUGCCCGAUUUAAGGUAGAAUUAAUUUUCUGGAGCGAAUGGACAGUUUUCAAAAUUCAUCCUUGGGCACCAUCUUUUUUUCUAGUCUUCAUUGUUAAUUAAAUGUGCAUUAACCUGUUCCAAUUUUUAGUUUCAGCAAAAUUUUAUAUCAGUUUUAAUACUUAUGCAGACUAUAGUUUACGUUAAAGUUCACUAGAAUUGUGUAUUUUAAAGUGAUCCACAUUUUAAGUGGAUCACUUUAAAAGCCUUGUUCUUUAAUGGCUAAAUUAGGUCCCAUCUGGAGUCCCUCAGAGCCUGGGCAACUCAUUUAAAAGUUGACAGUGUGGUGGACAUCUCAAGAUGUUACUGAUGAUCAUUUGACUUUCCAGGAUUGCGUGCAAGACAAGGCAACGUUAUUUUCUUUUUAACUGGCUUCAAGUUGUAUUUUCCACACUUCAUGGUUGUGGAUUUCAUGACAUUAGAGGUUUGAAGCUACUGGAGUCGAAAUAGCGCUUGAUGGUCCAGCCUCAUGUUAAUUGUGUAUAGAUCUGAUUGAAAUCAGUCAACAGUGUGGUUUUUGAUGUAUUCAACAUCUAAAGUUGAUUUUUAGCCCUUUUAAAGACAGUCCGCCCUCAAAUUGUUAACAUAAUGUGGGUAAUUCUGGAGCUCAGUCCUCAUCCACAAGUCCUAGAUCAGUUGUUCCACAAGUGAAACUAUCAGACUCUUCAAUUAUGUCAUCAUGCGAAGUUGAAUACAAAUAAAUUAUGCAACCUGGAAAUUUACUCUGUCCCUAUUUGAAGAGCACGUUCAAUGUAAAUGUAUCAGAAUCUGUUACAAACCCUAUUAUAUGAAUCUGACAUAGUGCCCAUUACCAAACUUCCCCGUUGUGCAAAGACGUUAACCUGAUGUGCUCGUUUCCAUAAUUGUGUUUUGCUGAUAUACUUUUUGCUAAAACCAGAAGGAUAAACUGUCGCUAUUAUUUCUUCCUGGCAAAACAUUUAUUGCUUAUCGUACAGUAAGCAUUUAAAAAAAUGUAAAUAACAUAUCUUUCAUUAUCAGGAGUAUUUUGUAUGUGAAUGAUGACACCAAGGUGGCCAUUAAAAUAUAUUUUUCUACUUUAAGUCCUCCUGGUCUCGGUCGGCACCCUGACACCGGGGAAAACAACAGGAAGAUUUUUAGUCAAGUCAAGUUUAUUGCCCUAUACACAAGUAUGGUGAAAACCUUGCUUGCAUCAGCAUCACAGACUCGGAUAACACUUACAUUUUAUAAAUUCUACAAAGUGUGAGGAAAAAGACAGUGUAAAACACAAUUAGGAAAUCAACUCCAAGAGGUAGUCGAUGUUCCGUUGCAGAGAUGGGAUAAGAGUUUUGCAAAGUGGUUAAAGAAUCUGAUGGUUGUAAGAAAGUAGCUGUUUCUGAUCCCAGUUGUGUGGGAUUUGUGGCUUCUGUACUCCUUGCGCAUGGGUAGCAGUGAGAAGAGGGCAUGGCUGGGAUGGUGGGGAUCCUUGAUGCUGCCUCCAUGAGGCAAUGCCACAUGGAGAUGGUGGGGAGGACCAUGCCCAUUAUAUUCCACGCUGAAUCCACCACACUCUGCAGCCUCUUAAUUUCCUAUGUGGUGGAAUGGCCUUGAUGCAAGCAAUUUUCUACAAUGCAUCUAUAGAUGUUUAUUAGUGUUUGGUGACACGCCAAAGCUCUUUAAACUUGUAAAAAAAUAUAGAGGCACUGGAGUGCCACGUUCGUGAUUGCAUUUACGUGUUGGGCCCAGGAGAGGUCAUCCAGGGAGUAAAUACUCAGGAAUUUGAAGCUGCUAACUCUCUUCACUGCUGAAGGACUGUCUGAAGAAGGGUCUCGAUCUGAAACAUCAACUAUUCCUUUUCUCUAGAGAUGCUGCCUGACCCGCUGAGUUACUCCAGAAUUUUGUUUUAAUCUUCGAUGUAAGCCAGCAUCUGCAGUUCCUUCCUACACAAUGAAAACUGGCACAUGUUCUCCUGAGUUCCCCCUCCUGAAAUCAACAAUCAUUUCCUUGGUCUUAUUGAUGUUGAGCGAUGGUAUGUGUUGAGAGAGAACGCAACCAAGUCUUCCGUAUGCUGACUCAUUACCAUCCAUGAUUUAAUUUAUAGAUGGCUUGGAGUUGUUGGUGCCACAGAUGUAUGUAAGAAGAGUAGAGCAGGAGGAAAAGCACACAGCUAUGCUAUGCACCUGUGUUAGUGGUCAGUGAGGAGGAGAUGAUGGUAUUAAUUUGCACUGAUGUUUGUUGAAUGGGAAAUCACGAUUCAGUUGCAAAGGGAGGUACAGAGGCUCAGGUCUUGGAGCUUGGAGAUGAGUGUGGAUGGCAUGGUUAUGUUCUAUACUGUGGUCGAUGAACAGCAGCUUGAUGUAUGUGUUGUUGUUUUUCAGUUGAUCCAGAAUGGAAUGGAGAGCACAUUCUGUUGAUCUACUGUGGCAAUAGGCAAAUUGAUGCAGAUCAAAGUCAUUUCUGAGGCAGUUGAUUUGCACCAUAACCAACCUCUUGAAGCAGAUCAUUACGAUGGAUGCAAUUGCUACCGGAUGACGGUCAUUGUGACAGGUCACCUUGAUCUUCUUGAGCACAGGUACGAGAGCUCAAAUAUGUUCUUGAAUACUCCAGCUAGUUGGCCUGCAUAACUCUUUACUACUCAGCCAAGUACAACAUCAAGACCGGAUGCUUUAUGUGAAUACACCCUCUUGAAGGAUGCUGAUAUUGACGUUUCAGACAGAGAUCAAUAGGAUUAUCAUGGGCUGUGGGAGCUCAUGUAGGUGCGACAUGUUCUCACUUUCAAAGCAAGCAUGUAAGACAUUGUUCAUCCAGAAAUGAUGCAUUGUUGUCACCUAUCUAUAGAGUUUAGUGUGGUAGGAGUGCAGCCUCUUCCACGGCUGUCGAUAAUUUAUGAUACAGUAACAGUUCAAGCGGAUUCAAUGCUUAAUAGCAAGCUUGGUAAAGGGCAUAAUGUGCCUAGAUCUUUGCUACAGAAGAAGGGUUAUUUACAUUUUGAAACUUAGUGAUUUACAAGGCAUUAUAAUCUAUGGGAGACUAUUUUUCCUUUCACCUUUUAAAAGUAUGUAACAAAAUAAUGAUUGCAGUAUAACAACAAUUUUGGGUCAAUAAUGGCUUGUUCCUAAGAUACCUGAGAGUGGGGGGGAGUUGGAUGCUAGAAAUUGAAAAUGCUCACGACAAUAUCUUAAAGAAGGAAGACCAGGGUUAAUGUUUAACUGUGUCCCCUUUGUCAGAUAUCUCAAGCCUGUUGUUCUUGAAUUGGAUCAGAAAGUGGCUGAAAACUCUCACUGGAUCACUAAUGCAAGAUGUUUAUUGCGCAGCCAGACCCGCGGUAAAAGAUUUUACUGAGAUCGAAAACGCUGUGUCAGCUUCUCUAUAAGAUGCAACCAAUCCGUAAAAGUAAUUAAUGGGAAAUUGUGUAAAUCAGUACAGAUGUGUAUUAACAACACAUGCAAUUCUGAUUAUUCAGAAAUCCAAUCACCCAUUCAUGUCCUUAUUUUGGUACCAUUUUUAAACCAAUAAUAAUGUCCAGGUUUUUCGCAUUUUAGAAUUAUGUUAACAAUUAUAGACAGAUAUUGGUGCACUGCAAAUUGUUGUGUGGUUCAUGAGUGUUUUAAGUGAUAAGGGUGUGUAUGUAAUUUGCAUUUGUUCAGAUUGUAUGAAGUUUAUUUAUUUGAUCUAUGCAUAGAGCCGUUAACUGCUUACAGAACUUUUCACAUCUUGUAUCUGCAUGAAACUGGCUUCAAUAAACUGCAGAAAUAUGUAUUUUGUCAAAUAUAAAUAAAUAAAUUUUAAAUAUG